UGCUCCUCCUACCACACAGUGAUUCAGUGAAGCUCCUCCCACAGCAGUUCACCAAUAAAUGCUGGAUUAUUCCCAUCAGUCUACAAGUGAAGAUGGAGAACAGUGAGAACAUGAGUGAUCCAGAAUCCUGCAGGACGGAACAUGAAGAUACUGAAGAACAAAGAGACUUGCUGGAGGAGAAAGAGGAGAGCGAAGAACUGAGUGAAGCGGAGGAGAAACAUCAUAAUGUCAAAAAAGGAAAUAAACACUCACAGACUAAAAUAUUUUUUUUACUGAAAAGAACAUCAAACAAAUCUUUCACCUGCUCUCAGUGUGGAAAGAGUUUCUCAUGCAAACAAAGUCUUAAACGUCACAUGAAAAUCCACACCGGAGAGAAGCUGCACACAUGUGAUCAGUGUGGGAAGAGUUUCACACAGAAAGGAAACCUUAAGGAUCACAUGAAAAUCCACACUGGAGAGAAGCCGUACACAUGUGAUCAGUGUGGGAAGAGUUUCACACAGAAAGGAACCCUUAAGGAACACAUGAAAAUCCACACUGGAGAGAAGCCACACACAUGUGAUCAGUGCGGGAAGAGUUUCACACAGAAAGGACACUUUAAUGAUCACAUGAAUAUCCACACUGGAGAGAAGCCGUACAUAUGUGAUCAGUGUGGGAUGAAUUUCAAACAUGUAAGCGCUUUUAAAUCACAUCUUUAUUCUCAUUCCGGAGAAAGACCAUUUAUCUGUGAUCAGUGUGGUAAAACCUUUGUUAGGGCAGAAUACCUGAAGAAGCACAUGAAAGUUCAUACAAAGGAGAAGCCGCAUGUUUGUUCUUUGUGUGGAAAGAGUUUUAGUAAGCCGAGUGUUUUAAAACUACACCAGGAAAGACACAGUGGUGUGAAGAAUCAUAUGUGCUUCGAUUGUGGGAAGACCUUUAUCAUAGAUUAUGAACUAAAACUGCACCAGAGAAUUCACACUGGAGAAAAACCUUUCAAGUGUUCACACUGUGACAAGAGAUUCAGUCAGUCAUCAUCUCUGACAAGACAUAAGCGGAUCCACACUGGAGAAAAACCUUACAAGUGUUCACACUGUGACAAGACUUUCAUUAAUUUAGGACACUUGAAAUCACAUGAGAGGAUCCACACUGGAGAAAAACCUCACAAGUGUUCACACUGUGACAAGACUUUCAUUCAGUUAGGAAACCUGAAAUCACAUGAGAGGAUCCACACUGGAGAGAAACCGUAUCACUGCAUUCCAUGUGGCAAGAGUUUCACUCAAAAAGCAACCCUUAAUAAUCACAUGAGGAUCCACACUGGAGAGAAGCCGCACACAUGUGAUCAGUGUGGGAAGAGUUUCACACAAAAAGUACACUUUAAGCAACACAUGAGGAUCCACACUGGAGAGAAGCCGUACACAUGUGACCAGUGUGGGAAGAGUUUCUCAUACAAACAAAGUCUUAACCUUCACAUGAAAAUCCACACCGGAGAGAAGCCGUACACAUGUGAUCAGUGUGGGAAGAGUUUCACACUAAAACAAAGUCUUAACCUUCACAUGAAAAUCCACACCGGAGAGAAGCCGUACACAUGUGAUCAGUGCUGGAAGAGUUUCACACAAAUAGGACACUUUAAGCAACACAUGAGGAUCCAUACUGGAGAGAAGCCGUACGCAUGUGAUCAGUGCGGGAAGAGUUUCAGACAUAAAGGAAACCUUAACAAACACAUGAAAAUCCACACUGGAGAGAAGCCGCACACGUGUGAUCAGUGUGGGAAGAGUUUCACAUAUGUAGAAACUUUUAAAUUACAUCUACGUUCUCAUUCAGGAGAAAGACCAUAUAACUGUGAUCAGUGUGGUAAAGACUUUGUUAGGGCAGAAUACCUGAAGGACCAUUUGAAAGUUCAUACAAAGGAGAAGCCUCACAUGUGUUCUUUGUGUGGGAAGAGUUUUAGUCAGCUGAGUAAUUUAAAAACCCACCAGAAAAUACACAGUGGUGUGAAGAAUUAUAUGUGCUUUGACUGUGGAAAGACUUUUAUUACAUCUGCUGAACUGAAACUGCACCAGAGAAUUCACACUGGAGAAAAACCUUUCAAGUGUUCACACUGUGACAAGAGAUUCAGUCAGUUAGGAAGCCGGAAAUCACAUGAGAGGAUCCACACUGGAGAGAAACCUCACAAGUGUUCACACUGUGACAAGACUUUCAUUAAUUUAGGAAACCUGAAAAAACAUGAGAGGAUCCACACUGGAGAGAAACCGUAUCACUGCUUUCCAUGUGGGAAGAGUUUCACUCAUUCAGCUUCUCUACUCUAUCAUACAAAAAACAAAUGUCUGAAAUCAUGAUAUAAUGUUUGAAUUCAUCUUCAGAUCCAGCUCUUUCAAAUGCAAUGCUGCGUUCUCAUCAAACGUGACUCAAUAACAUGUUGAGCAAUAUUAUUCCAUAUAAAUCAGAUAUGAACUGUCCAAUAAAUGUUGUUUCUUAAGCUAAAACUGUUAAAAAAGCUAAAAACAUUCACGUCUCCUAUUCGUUUUACAACCGGCACCUACUGCAUAUCUUUCUCUUGCCUGGGUGAU